UUGAACAAAUUUUAGAGUUUAGGGUCGUUACGAAACGUCAUGUGAUCUGAAUAGGCUACCUAGUGCAUCACGUAAAUGUGGUAAUAAAAUCGAAUCGAUUUAAUGAAUAAUGAAUCAAUUGAAAUAAUAUAGCCUAAUUAACACUGUGUAUAUAAUUAAUUAGGGUACCAUUUGUGAAACUUAGGCUAUAGCCUAUCGUAACUCGUUAAAUUAGCCUAUAAACAUUUUAUGUUUGUUAUUGAAAGUUUUUAUUUUGGUCAAUGGAGGAUUUGUGGACACAGAAACACAUUUCCCAGUGGCAUGUUGUUGGUGUUCUUUUAUUAAAUUAUUACUACUUCCUUUUUUUUUUUUUUUUUUUUUUUUAAAUAAUUCGUGGAAUUAUUGUUUCAUUUCCAAAAUCUUAAUUAUUUAAGCCCGUAAGCUGCGUGAGCAGAAUCAUCUAAUUUGAAUCCACAGUUAAUUGCAAAUAAUCCCUAUUAAAAAUAUAUGCGUUUACGAAUUUAUUUAAUUUGGAUGGGUCAAUAAUGUUGUUUGUCAGAUUAUAAUAUAAAUCUAAUCCUAAUUAAUUUUAUACAAUGUUAAUCACAUAUUAUUUAAUUUUAAAUAAUUAUUCAUUAAAAGCUCAUAUUAUCGCCUAUUUUAAUUUAAUAUAUAUAUAUAAUAACAUAGUUUAACGUCAAAACUGUUUAUCUGUACUUACGUACCCGACGUCAGGUGUCCGUAUGCAUAAUUCGAAAUUUAGUUGCUAUAGCGACGCGUGUAAUGAAUUUUGACUGAAUAUAUACACUCGAGCUAUCGGUAUCUGUUGGUUGAGAGACAAGGCGACUUAAGAGACUUUUGAAGAAUAUUUUCUGUGCUGAGAUUGUGAUUUUUGAAGGAGUUCGGAGGAUAUUUUCUUUGAGUUUUAUAGUUUUAUUUUUGAAGGAGUUCUUCUCUUUGAAAGAGACUCUUUUGGUUUAUUGUUUGAGUUUUAUUUUAAUUUUUUUUUUUUUUUCUUGUUGGAGUUUGGAGGAGAUUUUCAGUGGCUCACAUGGGUGAAAGACGAGCCUCAGGCCGCUCCAGAUCCAGAAGUGGAGCUUUCACCCAGACGGCUAGUCAGGUUGGGACACAUGGCUUCGGUAACAAUGAUCAGGAACCGCUGCCAAACCCAAACCAGCCACUGAGUCAAGAGCUACCUGGCUAUUUAGCACCUCUGCCUUCCGAGUUGGCUUCUUCUGUGUCAACAGAUCAUCAGACUCACAGGAAGAGGAAGUGGCAGAGCGGCAGCCAGCAAGCUCCAAAUGAUGGACAUCCAUCCACCUCAUAUAAGAGACCUGCCAAACGGUCUCGCACAGCUUUAGGCCGCUCCAGACCCAGGAGUGCAGCUUUUACCCAGGCGGCCAGUCAGGAGGUUGGGAGACAUGGCUCUGGUGACAACAAUGAUCAGGAACCGCUGCCAAACCCAACCCAGCCACUGAGUCAAGAGCUACCUGGCUAUUUAGCACCUCUGCCUUCCGAGUUGGCUUCUUCUGUGUCAACAGAUCAUCAGACUCACAGGAAGAGGAAGUGGCAGAGCGGCAGCCAGCAAGCUCCAGAUGAUGGACAUCCAUCCACCUCAUAUAAGAGACCUGCCAAACGGUCUCACACAGCUUUAGGCCGCUCCAGACCCAGGAGUGCAGCUUUUACCCAGGCGGCCAGUCAGGAGGUUGGGAGACAUGGCUCUGGUGACAACAAUGAUCAGGAACCGCUGCCAAACCCAACCCAGCCACUGAGUCAAGAGCUACCUGGCUAUUUAGCACCUCUGCCUUCCGAGUUGGCUUCUUCUGUGUCAACAGAUCAUCAGACUCACAGGAAGAGGAAGUGGCAGAGCGGCAGCCAGCAAGCCCCAGAUGAUGGACAUCCAUCCACCUCAUAUAAGAGACCUGCCAAACGGUCUUGCACAGAAGCAUAUGCAAAGGGCCCAUUGCUGGGGCAAGGUGGAUUUGGCUCUGUGUAUGCUGGGACCCGCAGGUCUGAUGGACUGCCAGUUGCCAUCAAGUAUGUUUCUAAAGGCAAGAUGAACAAGAGGCUGAAAGUUGAAGGCCAGGGUCUGCUGCCGCUGGAGGUCGCACUGAUGACCCGGGUCAAUUCAGCUCCUGCCUGCCCCAAUGUCCUGCAGCUCGUGGAGUGGUUUGACCGUCCCACUGAGUACAUCAUGAUCCUGGAACGACCAGUUCCUUGCCAAGAUCUCCAGAGUUUCUAUGAGGAGAACGGCUGUCUGGAUGAGAACCUGGCCAAGAAAGUGCUGGUCCAGCUCAUCACUGCGCUGAAACAUUGUGAGAGCCGCGGAGUCUUGCACCGGGACGUCAAGCCACAGAACCUGCUGAUUUCCACAGCUUCACAUGACAUCAAGCUGCUGGACUUUGGUUGUGGAGACCUCCUAAAGGACUCGGCCUACACAUCGUUUUCAGGGUCCCUGUGUGGAUGAACUUGCAGCCCCAGCUGAAACCGGAGCCCCGAUGGGUCAGAGAUCGGCUAGUUGGGCAGAGUCUAAGGGAUCCCUGCAACUGAGGUGGCAUAGAGUACCAGCUCUGACUGAUACAGGAACCUCUGGGGCAACCAAGACAUGGAGCUCUAGGACCUCGUCAACCAUGAUGGGUAGCUUGGAGUCCAGGUUGUCCAAAAUAGGAACUUUUGUGGAAGGAACAUCUGGGGCGGAAGCUCUGACUGGGACUAACAGUACUCUCUGGGACUGGAACAGCUAAGAUGGAAAUGGCUGAGACAGGAGCCCUAGCAGUGGCAGCAAUACCACAAGACGCAAAUAUUGAUACCUCAACCCUGGUGCCAGAUGCUACCAGAGAUGGCCAGCCUCACAAGACGCUAAGAACUGGAGGGAUGGAACUCGUGUAAACCUGCCAGAUGCUAAGCUGACUAAAGAGCACUUCCUUGGUGGCUGUGACAGGGUGCUCUUGUCUCCACAACUUAUGGGAUGACCUAAAACAAAAAGGUACCUUAAACCAGUUGUGGAGAAGGAGCCUGUCAAGAAGAAUCCUCUCUUCAGGAUCGGGAUGCAGACAGACAUUGAUCAAAUGGCUGCAUUUAGCUUUAAUUUCCUUUACACCUGCUCACUUUUUAAAAAAAAUUUUUUUAUCAUAUUAUUCUAAGCUGCACAGUUUGGAAAAAUUCUAAUUCAAAGCAAAGGCUUUGCACAGAAACAGUUAUAACAGAAACGGUUAUAUAUAUAAGGUGAAGUAUGUAAGAUUUCUUUAUAUAUAGCUCAAUGUAUAGCGAGAGUUUGGGCCGUGGCUACUGUAGCAGGCGGAGCCAUGGGAAAAGAAAUUCAGCUUUAGUUACAGCGAUGAACGCCAAAAUUCGCUGCAUUUACUGUAUACCUUCAAAGAUUAAACGGGUCAUGAACACGUCAAAGUGAACAGAACUUUGUGAUGCUACGCACUACAAAGCAUGCUUUAAUACCAUAUAGCAUCAUCGUGCACCCGUUCAGAAAGACAAAUUUUCACAAAGACAAAUGCAACACAGCCAAAAGUACUGGACCAAAAACAUGCCUUCACAAGAACCAGUAAGAGCUGCGUUUGUGAUUUUUAAGUUGCGAAAAAAGGGGCGUUUGCAAGGUUUUUUGAAAACGUGCUUUAUUUUGUAAUUACGCUCGGCGCCACUACUGUCACAGAAACUACAUACUUCACUUUUAAAGGAAAGAUAAGGAACAUUUUACAUUAUAUUAAUCAUGUUUUAGGUGCUGUUUUCAUAGAUGCCAAGUCACAUGGUCAUGACUAACCAGCUCUCUCCUUAUUAAAAUUUGUACAGAAUGCAGUGAUCUGAUUAGCCAGUGCCUAACCUGGGAUCCAACAUCAAUGGAUUAGAAAUGAUCUGGAUUGGAGAAGUUCAGGAGAUUCACUCGAUCAGUGAUUUCAGGAAAUAACAUACUUGCUGUCCUUGGUGCAGGGCUUGAUCUCGAGACUUGACCCGAAGCCUGAAGUCCAACUCUAACCUGACAGGGAACUCAAGCCGCCACACCAGAGACCUCAGAGCCUGACCACGUCUGAGCAAGAACAUAAGAGACUUCAAGACUGGAAAGAAAAUCAUCAAGUCAUCACAGUCACAUUUGCUUUGUUUUUAAAAGUCAAGACAAGUCAUCUUUGUUUAUAUAGCAUUUUAAUGUCGGGGAGUAAAGUUACAUGUAACAGCAUUACAUGAUUUAAUUACAAAAUAAAUGUAACUGUAAUCCAUUGAGAAAAGUGUUUUUUAAUUAAAUUAGUUACUUAUGAAAAUGCUAACGAUUAAAAAAGGAGUUACAUCUGAAUAUUUUCUGUAAAAAGCUAGGAUAUGUUGAAUAAUAUUAAUUUGUUGCUUUGCCUGUUUUUUAUGUGCAAUCUCCUAAUUCUCCUGCCAUUUAAAGACCGUUUAUUAAAGUGAUGCUAUUCUGA